AGUUCGUUGGAUUUUGUCCGGGUGUUGCCCGAGGAUGUCUGUGACAGUUCUAACCUUUUCUAAUAAAGUUCUUUUUUGUUACUGUUCGUGUUUGCCUGCUUAAUGUUAGAUCUAAACAUCAGUAGGAUCGAAUGACAAAGUGGUGAGCCGAACGUGAUCCGAUUAAUGAACUACGUGGACUUUCGACUGAAUUGGAUAGCGAACAACUCUGUGUCUAUGAUGGAACUUUUUUAACAGGAUAUGCAGGUAUGAUCAGUUUCUAAAUCGUAAAUUCGAUAGGAAGACGGUGGGUAAAUCUUACCGAAGACUAGGAAUACGUGACUCAGGCUAAGCUUUAUCCAAGACUAUCCCGCUUUCUUUGUAGCCGCAUAGUUAAGCGCCCGGAAUGGCGGAACAGAACGAGUUGGAAAUCGGACGUGUACAGGCAAAAAUGCCUAUCUUUACUAAAACCAACAUCAAAUUAUUUUUUGUGCAGCUAGACGCGGCUUUUGCCAUUAAUCGGAUUACAAGUGAGAACACUAAGUACAACUAUUUAAUCAAUUCCCUGGACGCGGAGAUUCUAUCUAAUGUUAGUGACUUAGUAUUUGACCGUCCAGCCGAGGCUCCGUUUUCUAAACUUAAAGAUCGACUCCUCGAAAUUUUCCAGAACUCCGCUGCUAAAGAGGCUAAAAUUCUGCUUGAAGAUCUGGCGUUAGGGGAUCAGAAACCCAGCGUUUUACUCCGUAAAAUGAGGGAGCUUUCAGCGGGCAAAAUUACCGAAGAAUUUCUUAGAAACUUGUGGCUCCAACGUCUCCCCAAAAAUAUUCAGACCGUAUUGGCUGUUAGCAGUGAUGAACUAGACAAGCUAGCCAUCCUUGCUGACAAGGUUGCUGAACUUACAGAACCAACCCAACUGGCCAGCAUCAACUUGAAA